UGACAGGAGGCGACGCAAUCCAGCUUGCUCGGAACCCUGAGGCAGCGAUCCUCCCUCCCCGGGAUAUGGAGCCCCACGCGCCUCGCGCGCCCGCGAUCUAACUCAGUCCUGUGCCCUUCCGGGUCUGACGGAAUCCCAUAGCCAUGAGUCCCAACCCGCAGUGGGAUGUCCCCAGGGCACUACGGGUGGCCAGGCUCUUCCACUUGGUGUGCGGGGUCCGGGAUGCCUGUGUGACUCCGUUCCUGACCCUCUACCUGAGGCAACUGGGUGUGGCCGCGCCCUGGGUGGGCAUCCUCAUGGGAACCAAGCACCUGAUCGCUGCCUGCUGGACUCCCUUCUGUGCCUUCCUGGCCAAACGCUACCAGAAAAGGAGAAUGUUUCUGACAGGCUCAUUGCUGGGCUCCGCAGGUGCCAGCCUCCUGAUGGUUCUUGUCCCACCGGUGAACAGAAAUCUGAUCAACCACUUUUGUAAUGGAAGCAGUAGAGUGGCCACCACUGUCCUACCGCUGGGGGUCACACAAACUGUGACCAUGAUCCCUGCCCAGGGAUCAGUCCCAAACCACUGGGCAGGAGCUCCCAGCCUCCCAGGAAGGAGGCACACCAGAGCCCUGGACACUUCUGGCUUUCCAAAUGGAUCUGGUAAAACUCAAGAAGGAACGUUUAGCAGUCUGCAGACCUAUUUGGUGGGCUCUGUUGAAGGAGCCAGGACCACUACACAAGUUCUCCAUCUUAUCACUUCUGGGUUGAGAGAUAAUUCCCAGAAAGGGACUUUAGAGGUGGACAAUGCUACCCUGAGUCUAUUUCCUGGAAGUGCAACCCUUGGAGGUCCAGUCAAUUUGUCAAAGGCCCAGGGAGACACCCAGAUCCAUCAUCACCUCUCGAAAAGGCCACAGUGGACCUUCAUCCUCUCCUUGGGGUUUGUGGUAUUCUGGGAACUGCUGGCAGCCCCUCUGGAGCAGGUGGCAGACGACAGUCUUUAUGAAUACCUGGAUUUCGUAGACGCCACUGACCGGAACAGAGACCUGUGGGUGUGGAGAUUGUUGGGUAUAUCAGCAGGUGUGUGUGGCAUCGCAGCCUUGGUGGGGCAUCUGGAAUGCUUCCUCGUGGCCAAUGGUCCUCAGGGUGUGAUUUAUUUCUACAGCUACUCACUGGUCAGUACCCUGGCCUUAGCGGUGAGCACUGCUUUUCCUGUUCCCGUAGUCCAGCAGCAGGCGCCCAGCAACAAAACCAUCAAAGCCCUGUCCCUCAUAAGAGGUGACUCCCGCCUCAUCCUCCUAGCCUUCACUGUCUUUUGGAUAGGAGCCACUGCCAGUACUGUGCAGAACUUCCUGUUCUGGCACAUGAAGGACCAUGGCAGUAGCGAGCUGGUAAUGGGCUUCUCAGUGGCUAUCGGCUUGCUAGGAGAAAUUCUGUUUCACCCGUUCAGAACUUCGUUGCUAAGGCAACUGUCUAGGGUGGGUGUGCUGGGACUGGGCCUGGGCUGCCUGGCCCUGCAGAUGCUGUACUACGCUUUCAUCUGGAGUUGGUGGUCUGUCCUCCCUGUUCAGAUCCUGAGCGCCAUCAGCAGUGGGGCUCUGUGGUGGGCUGUGGGAGCCUCCAUAGAGGACCUGGCCUCCUCUGGGAUGGAGAGGUCUCUGAGCACCAUGUUCCGAGGUCACUUUUAUGGGAGUGGCUGCAGCCUAGGCAGCUUUGUCGGGGGCUUUGUAGUACGGCACUUCAGCAUAGCUGUGCUCUACCAAGCCUGUUGUGUGAUCUUGUUGCUUUGUCUGGCCUUGUUCCUGUCCAUCCAGCCCAGACUGCCCCAAGAGCAGAGGAUCAACUACUCAAAGCUGCUAGCUUUGGAAGGGAGUGACUACAGUGACUCUGAGCAGGGGUCAGAAGGGGACUGGCUUGUGAAGGCCAUGAGGGAGGAACACUCGGACUGGAAGGGCUGAGAGGUGAGAAUUCGCUGGUGAAGGACACACUCACAGAGGCCAGGACUCAUGCCCUGAACUGCAGGGAACCUUAAGGGAAAGAAGCCAUGUCUAUGCCAAAGGCACAACAGAAUCUGCUCGAUGCAUGAUUUUAUUUUGUAGUAAAAGGAGAUUUUUUUUU